AUGGCAUCUGAAAAAAACGGACAGGAAGCGAUGGACACCGAUACCACAGGGCUAGAUACAAAUUUGUAUUCGCGACAAAUCUAUGCCCUCGGUGAAUCUGCGAUGAUGAAUUUGAGAAGAGCAUCCAUUUUGAUAUCCGGAUUAGGAGGAGUUGGUGUUGAGAUCGCAAAGAAUUUGAUUCUUGGA